UGUGCGGUGAAAAUGAUUAAAACCGGACUAUCACUUGCAAAGUGCACACACAGUGAGUAGCGAGUGGACCCAAAGCUGUGAAAUGGCAAUGGCCGUGACUGUGAGAGCUUCCGCCACCGCAAAACCACCACUUCCUCCGCCGCAGUCUCCACCUGCACCCAAAACCCCUUCUCUCGCUAAACUGCCAUCGAAACCAUACUCCACUACCAAGUCUUCAUUGCUGUCUCUCUCGACUUCGACUGUCUCCAUCUUCGCUCUCUUCAAUGCUCCUAUCUAUGAAGCUAAAGCUCUCAGCUUUCCCAAAGAAGAAAUAGUCUCCUCCAUCACCCAGGUGGAGUCUACGAUCAAUCAAGUGCAACAAUUGGGUUUGAGUGUUUUUGAUACUGCUCAGAGGGUGAUAGGGCCAGUUGUUGAGUUUGUGAAGCCUGGCGUUGAUGUGGCAUUGCCAAUUUUAAAGCAGGCUACAGAUGAGGCAGUCAAGGUUGCUUCUCCUGUAGUUUCUGAUGCCUCCAAGAAAGCACAAGAGGCAAUUCAAGGCUCUGGCUUUGACACUGAACCCGUGCUAACUGCUGCCAAGACAGUUGCUGAUGCAGCACAGCAGACCUCCAAGGUGAUUGAAGGUGCCAAACCUAUAGCUUCAACAACGGUUGAAUCCAUCUUAUCUGCAGACCCAACGCUCAUUGUGGGGACUGGUGGGGCAUUAUUCAUUGCAUAUCUCCUCAUUCCACCCAUCUUUUCAGUCAUCUCUUCGACCCUUCGUGGUUACAAGGGUGAGCUCACUCCUGCUCAAACUCUGGAUCUGAUGUCUACCAAGAAUUACAAUCUGAUUGAUAUUAGGUCAGAGACAGACAAGAGCAAGGCUGGAGUUCCUCGCCUUCCAUCUAAUGCUAAAAAUAAGAUGAUUUCUAUCCCUUUGGAAGAUUUACCAAAUAAGGUAAGGAGCCUUGUGAAAAAUCCCAAGAAAGUACAAGCUGAAUUGGUAGCUGUGAAAAUAUCAUAUCUGAAGAAAAUCAACAAGGGAUCCAAUAUUGUUAUCCUCGACUCGUACGCGGAUUCAUCUAAGACAGUGGCGAGAACCCUGACGAGCCUGGGAUUCAAGAAUUGCUGGAUCGUGACCGAUGGCUUCUCUGGAAGCAAAGGGUGGCUGCAGAGCCGGCUAGGCACAGAUUCAUACUUCCUCUCCGCCGCUGAAGUUUUGUCUCCAUCGCGCAUUAUUCCUGCAGCAACGAGGCGUUUUGGCACAACAGGAACUGCGAAAUUGCUGCCGGGGGGUACUGAUUAAAUGUUCCACCUUGUACAACAAACAGUCAUAUAACUGUGAUUCUAUAUAGUUAGAGAUCCAAUGCAUCUUUCUGCUGCAAUUCUUUCAUUAGUUCUAAUGAAUCAAAUCUUUUGCAUAUUAGAACUGUGAAUACUUAUACUGCUAAGAUGGUUUACUAGCAAUAACAAUAUCAAUGUUCAUAAA